UACGGAAGUGAAAAUGGAAACAAACAACAUUCUCGGAGUCUAAAGACAGAUGUUCAAAGAGUUUAGGGAGGUGGCGGUCAAUUUGAGAAAGUUCCUGCAGGAUUUGUUGUUUGUAUUACACUAUGCUGAUCUUCGUAGUUAGUGCAUCCUAAAGCUAUCAUGAGUGUCGUCAUUACUGAGCGUGCUCGGAGUAAUCUUCUCGUUCAUCGAGCAGCCAUCGCGCAAGAUCUCACGGUAGACUACGUGAUUGAUGAACUCAUAUCAGAUUUAAGCGUCACUCCUGAAGACUCAGAGUUGAUAAACGCAGAGCAAACACGGAGACGCAAAGCUACCAAACUUCUGGAUAUUAUCGCCACUAAAGGACAACAAGCGUACAACAACUUGUACAAAGUACUGUGCGUGAGGCAUAAACAUCUGGCAGUGCUCCUUGAGGAUGGAGUGACCGUGGACGGGGUACCAGUUUUACCUGGAAUGUCUCCGGAUAUACUAUCAGAAGAUGAAGUCCAAGUGGUGAUGACGCGAGGUGGGGUACCGCCACGGCCAGCUGUAUUCAUCAGCCGAUCAGACAAAAUAAAAGAGAUACGCGAGAAGUUGAACAAGCUACAAGAUAAGAUAGGAUGGGUUCUUGUCCACGGUAUGGGCGGCAUAGGGAAAUCUGUCCUUGCAUCGGAAGCUGUGAGAUAUUCCAAGAUCCUCUCCAAAGUUUUUCCUGGAGGGGUCUUCUGGGUUUCUGUCAGUAACAUCGACAAGUCCAAACUAUUAACCAAGCUGCAGAAUCUAUGCGCAAGGCUCGAUCGGGAAUCCAGACCUCCGCCACUGAAUCUUGAAGAGGCUAAAGAUCGUCUCAGACUUGUUCUUGUUGAACAACAUCCCAGGUGUUUGCUUAUCCUAGACGACAUUUGGUCCCCAAAAGUGGCAAGAGUUUUUGACGUUCAGUGUAGAGUUCUUGUCACAACUAGAGAUAAAAGCGUUGCUGAUGCUGUCGGAAGUCCUGUUGAUAUAGUUAGCCUAGAACAUGGAUUCUCAGAGAGCCAAGCUCUGGAGAUGUUCGCUAUGUGGACUGACAGACCAGUUGGAAACCUCCCUCAUGAAGCUCACGCCAUUUACGAAGCUUCAAAAGGUAACCCUCUAGUCAUCUCGCUCGUCGGUGGCCUACUCCGAGACCACCCCAAUCGCUGGGAGUACUACUUGAAGAAACUACGCGAUAAGAAGUACAGCCGCCUGCGUAAAGCGUCGUCGUAUGAGUACGAGUCGGUCGACGAAGCGAUGGGUGUGAGCGUGGAUCAGCUGCCGGAGGAGUCCAGGGAGUUGUACUUUGAUUUUGUUGUAUUUGAUGCGGGGGUCAAAAUUUCUGCGAAGGUUCUGAGCGUAUUAUGGGAUGAGGAGAUGGAAUUUGUGGAAGAUGAGAUGCUUAAACUAGCCAACAAGUCCCUCGUGCGUCAAGAAUGGGACGAUAAACUUCGCUGCAUGAGCUACACAGUUCAUGACUUGCAACUGGACUUCAUCAAACAGAACUCGGAAAAUCAAAAGGAAGUCCACAAGAAACUCGUGUCAAGAUAUAAGAAACUUUGCAAGGGGAAGUACCACCUACUUGAAGAUGAUGCCUACAUCCAUGAGUAUCUUCCAAUGCACAUGGCAAGAGCACAUCUAAGUCUUGAGCUUAAAUCCGUCCUCCUGAACCUAGACUGGGUUGAUAAGAAACUUGAAGUUAUGGGGUCCACGGCUCCAGCCUACGUCCUUAGCGACUACGUCAAGUACAGUCUACUCCUCUUGUCAAAAGAGGAAAUGGAAAUUGCUAAGGAAUUUCAACUCUUUAUCAGCGUCAAUGCUCAUCUUCUAGUUCAAACCCCUCGACCGGACGUGACGCAACUUGCCUUGAGCCAGUCCUCCGACACAGUAGUUUUUAAACAAGCUCAAGCGAGGGCGCUGCAGAGCAAGUCUGGUUUCUACAUAGAUUGGGGCAAUAGACCUUCAAUAAUGGACUCCAUUUUAAUGAGAUGUAAAGCACAUGAGGGCAGUGUUUGCUGCGCAAAUUUCUCCCCGGACGGUGAAGUGGUCGUCUCUGCUGGUGAAGAUGAAAAUAUCAAGAUUUGGGAUUGUAUGUCAGGCCGAGUGAACACCAUGUUUGACCAUCAUGAAGACAAAGUGAACUGGUGUGAAUUUUCUCCUGAUGGGACAACGAUUCUAAGUUGCUCAUCUGAUAAAACGCUAAAGCUGUUCGACGUUGCCGGAGAGAAGAUUAUUGUGACUCUUUAUGGUCAUCUAGAGGAGGUUUACAUGUGCGUCUUUUCCCACGACGGUAAAAGAGCAGCUUCCUGUUCAGAAGACAAUACUGUCAAGGUGUGGGACAUGGGUGAGCGGCCACAUUUGUUGCGGACAUUGACUGGUCAUUCUCUAGCUGUCAAAGGUUGCCUGUGGUCAAACGAUGAUAGCUUCAUUGUGAGCUGUUCAGAUGACGGAAUAGUGAAGGUUUUCAACGCAGAGAGUGGCAGUAUUAUGCACAGUUAUGAAUCCCAUAGUAGUUUUGUCGCCUGCUGCUCCGUAUCCCCCAAUGAUAAACAGAUUGCUUCUGGUGCUUCGAAUGUACUCCACGUUUGGGAUGUCGCAACUGGUAAACUUCUUGGUUUGUGCGAGUGUCGUGCCCAGUCAAUACUAUGCUGUGCCUUCUCCCCUCGAGGGAACAUUAUUGCAACUGGACUCUCCGAUUUCUCCAUAUGGCUGUGGGAUGUGGCAACAUACAAGUCUCUGACAGUUUUCCGAGGUCAUAGCAGUUGGGUUCUAUCCGUUGCUUUUGACAAAAUCGGAGAGAAUCUUAUCUCUGCCUCUGACGAUGAAACGGUUAUGAUCUGGAAGAUAGAUGGAUUUCAUGACGACAGUAAUGUGAUUUUAAAGCGUGACUUUGCCGCUCAAUAUGUAGGAGAAGAUGUUAGAAUAGUAGCCACUGAUAGCACUAAUGCUUGUAUGGUGAUUGAUCACAAUGGGACGAGACAACGUGUCGUCACACAGAGUAACUCUAGAGUCCGCAGUCUGGCCAUAUCACAUGAUGGAAAAGCUGCGUGUGGGAACGAAGCUGGGAAUAUACACAUUCUGAGUGUAGUUUACGCCAAAGAGUUAUGUGUACUUAAAGGCCACACAAGUUCAAUCAGGAGCUGCACGUUCAAUAAGAAUGGGACGAGUCUUGCAUCGACAUCAGCCGACACGGAUAUAAGGUUAUGGGAUCUUGACGAGCCUGGUCAACAUCUGAGCUUCAGGGGUCAUACUGACUCGGUCAACUCAUGCAAGUUCUUCAAGAAUGACACCAGGCUACUAUCUUCCUCGCAUGAUGGCACAUUAAAGGUAUGGGACGUCAAGACCGGUAAGAUCGUGUUAACCAUGAAAGCUCACGACAACUGGAUCUUCUCGUCUGACCUAUCAAGGGAUGAGAAGCUUGCGGUGUCUGCCUCUGCCGACAACACGGCCAAGGUAUGGAAUGUUGAAACUGGUGCACUCCUACAAACACUUAAUAGCCACGGGGAUCUGGUUCGAACAUGCUGCAUCUCACCAAACAGCCGUUGCCUAGUAACCGGGAACGAUCAAGGCAUCAUUAAGAUAUGGGACAUGAUUACGGGCAGUGAAUUGGCAUGCUGUACCGGACACAACUCUUGGGUCACUGACCUCCAAUUCUCAUCAGACGGCCAAUUCAUUGUAUCUGUUGGCGAUAACGUAAAGUGGUGGAGAGUUGACGGGACCCCAGUCCAGACGUUCCAUAUAAGAGGAAGUUUUGUCCGACUCGUCCAACCCAACGAUGACUUCAGUCGCUUUGUUACCAUCGGCAACACCGGUUUACUCUACCUUCUUACCGUAGUCAAAAAUGGAUCGGACAAAGUCUAAGUAUUUUUAAUUUGAAAUGUUUAUUGCUGAGAUGCUGGAAUUAGUAGGGGGAACCUAAGACGAGAGCUAAUCGAAUGAUCACUCACCCUCGUGGUUACGCCAUGCAUCACGGGGCUAGCCCCAAGUGACCCAUUCAACAAGCUGGGCACUUGGGGCUGACCCGGGUGAGCCCCUGGAAUGACGUCAAAGCUAUUCGAAUGUACAGGGGGCAGAAUGGGGUCAACCCGGGGAAGCUAAUCGAACGCACCCAAAAACAUACUAAACUAAAAAGGGGAACCCAGAACAAAAAGUAUUGGCAACAGAAGUUGGUAGGUAAUGUACAAAAAGUCAAUCUAAAAUGUCUUCAAGAUUGACUUUUAACUUGGGUGUGAACAGGGCCCAGUUUGCUUAGCAUGAAAUUUCGAACUUCCUUGAUAAAAACAAGAUUACCAACCAAAGUUCCAUGUGGUUUUCAGGAUAAGCAAACAGCAGCUGAAUGCCAUUAACAAGCAAUGAGCAACAAAUGGAAAUUUGGUUGCUAAGCAAAUUUGUUGUGCUUAGCAGCUCUAUGAAAUUGGGUCCGGGCUUGAACCUGCACUCUUUGGAUUAAGCAAACCCAUGACAUUGCUUGCCGUAAGCACAAAAUUCACUGCUUCUGCAAGAGCUUUUUUUUUUGUUUUCUUCUUUUUUUUCUGCA